AUGUAUUCUGAGGUGGAGCUUUAUUCAUCUUUAUCAGCACGAUAUAAGUUAGUAAGAUGUUAUAAUUGUUGUACUAGGAUUGAAGAUAUUCAUCAAAUCAUAGAGGAGGCAGGAUAUCCUUAUCACUGGGUCCAGAGAGUUGCAGGUCUAGAAUUCCUGUAUGUGCCUAACGAUGUUUAUCCCCAUGUGACACCUAAGGUCAACAACUUUACCAGCUCUUCGCACAUGGAUCAGACUAUAAAAGCAAUAAGGUCUCGACUCUCGGCUAGACUGUCCCUGUACAAGUUGCUUCUGUCUUUAGAACAGUUGAAUGUUCCAGUUUUACCGGAGAUUUCAGCUCUUUAUCCACAUAAAGUGAUCGCUAAACUGAAGGAGUGGAGUAAAAUUCCGUGGAGUGACAUAAAGGAAAAAGAAGAUUGUAUGGAGUUACUAGAACUUGGAGUUAUAUCAGAAGAGUGGAUGUCCUUCAGAACUGUUGUAGAGAGAGGAUCAGCAACUCUAUGGGCUUUGGUGUUGGUACCACCAAACUAUCCAGAGAGGGCUUCAUUAUUCCUGCUGUCUUUGGACUGGAAGCAACUUAGAACAAGUAGGACCGACAAAGCUCUUCAGGAACUGGAACACGAGAUCAACAUGUCAGUUGUUAAUUUUAUACCUCAGAAAGUCCGAUACAAUUUGUUAGCAUGCCAGCUACAUCACUUAUUAGUGGGAUUUGAUGUGUACCUUGAGACAGAUCCAGAUGCAACAGAAGGACCAAAAGAAUUUUCUCAGGGCAAAAUAUUUCUUAGGAUAGCAAGGGGUCGUGACCGUAGGAGACCUUACAAAUACGUUGCCAAACUUGGACUAUUUACACAUCGUUAGAGAAGUUUCAAAAGAACUGGUUCUACUUCUUGUCAAUUGUGAUUGACUGAGAUAUCGGUUUUUGUUUGUUUUUUUCAUUUAAAAUAAACAUGCAUUUUAUAUAUGUUUUUUGA